GGAAGCGAGAGCGGGUUAUGGUUCAGUGUGCGUCGGGGAAAAGGAAAAAAUAAGGAAAAUGACCUGCAACAGCUCGUUCUGGGCACAUGUGUUCAUGACAGCGUAUUUACUGUGGGUCACGGGACGUGUUGCUCAGAAAGUCUACUUUGAUUGUGGAGCGAAGGUGGAUGUUGUGGAUGUCCAAGGCCUCAUCCUGUCUCCUGGGUUUCCCUAUAACUACUCCUCAGGGAGCCACUGUGUCUGGCAGUUCUUUGUGCCCGUCGGCCACCAGCUCAUACUGGAGAUAUUUGACUUUGACGUGUUCGAGAGCCACGACCCCUCCGCCCAGUACACUGCCAUCUCUAACUUGAAAGUGAAAGAUGCUGAGGCUGACGAUGGGGCAACGUUCCCGUCUGGUAGUCCUGUCACAGAUGAAAACAUGUCAAUGCUGGCUAAAGACGUCCACGUAACUCAGGCUCAGGGGGGCAGAGCGAUAGCCCCCCAGUCCUUCUUCCAACAUGACAAGGUCAAGCAGGUGGUGGUGCAAGAGCAGUCCACCAAGAUGGAGAUCGCCAAAGUCUCCAACUCUGCUAAAAGGUCCACCUCUGACAUUGCAUCCCCACAUCCCACCUCACACCUCCUACCCAGGGACCAGGCAGCGGUGAACUCAAUCACCUCUCCUCUCCUCAGAGGCGACCCUGACCUGAACCUUACCCCUAACCCCAGAGCAGCAGCCCCAGACCUGGCUGUGGUUGUAGACAAGGCCACCACUCCGACCUCUCCGCCCUCCACGGACACGGAGUCAGUGAGCUCUGAGACCCAGGUGGUGGACGCUUGCCCCCACGACGUCCUCUACAUCUCGGACCUCCUCACUUUCUCCUCGCGCUUCUGUGGCUCCAACCGGCCCUCCAGCAGCCAGCUGGUGUUUGGCUCUAGCCAGGAGAUGGUAGAGGUCAUCAUGGAGUUGAUCACCACCACCCACUGGGGCCGUGGCUUCGCCCUGCUCUUUCAUUACCACAACCGGACAGAACCGGAUGGAGAUGACCCCAGGCACACCUACGCCCCUACCGGGGCCAGCAAGAUGGAAUCUCUGCUGGCUGCCAUGAGCGGAGCAGCCUUCUUUGCCAUGGUGCUCACCAGUGCUCUAUGCAUAAUUUUCAGACCUAAACUAUGUCCGAAAAGAGCCAGCUCCCGCUCAUCCAACAACUCUGAGGUGCAGGAGAGAGUGCAGAACUCUGGAGCUGACGUCCGUGAGCUGCAGCUGGUGGCUACUAAUCAGCCCAGCCUGGAGGUCCCUGGCACGGCAGAGAACGACAACAACCACUCCCUCAGCCUCACACACACAGGUUCCCCGGUCAGUGUUGGUGGUGAUAUGUCUGAGCAUGCUGGAGUGGACUUCUCAUCCAAUGGUCUCACGGAACUGGACUUGGGGACAGAUGAGGUGUUUAUCAUUUCAUCUGUGCCCAGUCCGAGCAGCAGACUGCUGUUCUCGGCCCAUACGCAGCGGGAGAGGUUUUUGAGGCACAGUGACACCGGCCCUGGCCCUGUAAGUGACUGGCCCUCUCCAGACCCGGCUGCCUCACCCACAGAGACCCGUGCUGCCCAGGAUGGCAGUGCCAGCUGUGCCCGACCCCGGCCGCGGGCCUGGAGCGUCCGCACCUUCCAGGACUUCCUCCCUCCACUGCCCCAGUUACACAAGAAGUGGUGCAGUUGGAACUCCACCAGUCCCUUCACUAAGCUGGUGGACAGCGCCCCGUCAGGCUUUGUGUCAGAAUGCCGUGGGGAUGACAGCAGGAAAGUGUUCUCCGACCCCCAGUUGGAGGCCCAGGACGACAGUAACGCCUCCGACUCCUCCAUGAGUAACGUCUCGUAUCCCCUCACCCUGCCCGCCCAGAGACAGCGCCGCCUAAACUCCACUAGCAACAUGCGGCGCUCCCGCUUCACCGGGCCCUGCUUCGGCCUGCUCUCUGGGUCCAGUCCCUCAGACAGCACCAAGGCCCCCGGGGGCCCCCUCCUCCAGGCCUCCCCAUCCCAACCCAGUAACAGUACCUCUGGGCAGGGGCAGCCGGAAGAGGUGCAGGGUGGGAAGCGCCGUGAUUUCCCAACAGAGAGCGACCACGUCAGUGUCCCGGUGUUUGCCAUCUGUGAAGAGGAGGACCGGCAGCCCUUGAUCCUGGCUGAGCACUUGGGGUAUUCCUCCAUGCUGAACGGACUGAGUCGGGGGGUGUACGAGGCAAAGGGGCCCGCCGGCGCAAGCCUCAACCCUGGCCCCCAGAGCGCAGCCAAUGGCCCCCUCCUCCAGAGGGGAAGGUCAGAGUGGAGGCCAUGGGGGAGUCAGGCCUCAGGAGGGGCCAGUCCUUACCCUCUCCCUCACCCCUCUGACUCACACACAGCCACCAAUACUAACGAGUUAAAGUCCGCCUUCGUGCACAGCACAGCCAAUCAGAUCCAGAUGCCUUCCCUCAACCAAUCAACAGUGCCAUGCAGUGUGACGGGCAAUGUGAUGUGACCAGUGACAGUCCAGCAUUCAGGCCAUGUGACAGGAGAGCAGACAGACAAAGUAUGCACUCAGCAAAGCAAUAAUAAACUAUUUUUAGUGCCACCUUUGUAAAAUGCAAAAACUAACUUUUUUGAUUACUGAAAUCAACUUUUAUAUGGCAUUUCUACAUUCUUGAAGUCAAUUGCUUUAUGGUGACAAACUGGAUGUUUUCAUACUAGUACACACUAUAUAUUUUUUUAUCAAGUUAAAGCCCCAAUGUGGACUUUAAAAAAAAUCUCAAUAUCAAAUACUUUCUGGGUAACAUUUAAGUACCUUACUGUUAUAAUUGUCCAAUAAAAUGUUAAAACAUAUACUAAAAUAGCUUUUUUAUCCACAUAAUUUUCCAUCCUCAUGAUGCCAUCUAUUUUGUGAAGUGCACCAGUCCCUCCUGCAGCAAAGCACCGCCACAACAUGAUGCUGCCACCCCUGUGCUUCACGGUUGGGAUGGUGUUCUUCGGCUUGCAAGCAUCCCCCUUUUUCCUCCAAAAAUAAAGAUGGUCAAUAUGGCCAAACAGUUCUAUUUUUGUUUCAUCAGAGCAGAGGACAUUUCUCCAAAAAGUACGAUCUUAGUCCCCAUGUGCAGUUCCAAACCGUAGUCUGGCUUUUUAUUACGGUUUUGGAGCAGUCGCUUCUUCCUUGCUGAGCAGCCUUUCAGGUUAUGUCGAUAUAGGACUCGUUUUACUGUGGAUAUAGAUACUUUUGUACCUGUUUCCUCCAGCAUCUUCACAAGGUCCUUUGCGGUUGAUUUGCACUUUUCUCACCAAAAUGAUGAACCAGACUUGGAGGUCUACAAUUUGUUUUCUGAGGUCUUGGCUGAUUUAUUUUGAUUUUCCCAUGAUGUCAAGCAAAGAGGCACUGAGUUUGAAGGUAUGCCUUGAAAUACAUCCACAGGUACACCUCCAAUUGACUAAAAUUAUGUCAAUUAGCCUAUCAGAAGUUUCUAAAGCCAUGACGACAUUUUCUGGAAUUUUCCAAGCUGUUUAAAGGCACAGUCAACUUAGUGUAUGUACACUUCUCACCCACUGGAAUUGUGAUACAGUGAAUAAGUGAAAUAAUCGGUCUGUAAACAAUUGUUGGAACAGUUACUUGGGUCAUGCACAGAGUAGAUGGCCUAACCAACUUGCCAAAGUAUAGUUUGUUAACAAGAAGUUUGUGGAGUGGUUGAAAAAUUAGUUUUAAUGACUCCAACCUAAGUGUAUGUAAACUUCCAACUUCAACUGUAUAUUAAAACGAGAUGUCUGUUCACCUAACAGGGUUGACCUUAAAAUGAGGGACAGGUUUAUUUAUUUUUUCUUUAAAUUAAUCACAAAUCACAUGAAAUAAAUAAUAAUCUUCAGAAAUUACUUUGUCAAAGCAACAAAAUAACUAGGUCUUUACAAUGAUGGAGAACCCUUUGAGAAAGUUUGAGGUUAAGUGGGUUAAAAUCUCCCUGAAAGUCAGAGGGCUCACAGAGGGCGCGUAGCAAGUCUUUAUUAGUAUAAAAAUUAUGAUUUAUUGAAUUCUCCAUGUGGUCAAUAUUAAAGGGCACUUCACUGAAUAUAAACAGGCUUUUAACAUUCUAUUCAAUAUUUUGUGCACAAUUUCUACUUAAAAUAUCAAAGGGAUGCAAAAGGCACUCAUUUUGUGGAAUGAAAAUGAGCUGUUAUUGGCAAAGCGUUUUGGAACUCUUUGUUUUUUGUCUAUUUACUUAUACCGCCUGGUGAUGUCACCAGGCAAGCCAAAAUACCACCCAUGCAAACCUGCUGAUUUAGAAGGUCCUGUAUAAAUUGUAUUUUCAAUUAGCAACUAUCAGGAAAUAAUGCUGAUAAAAAUGUUUACGCUUUUACAGUGUUCGUGCUAGAUUCAAUCAGAUUGACAUCCGUAUUGCAUUAUUUUGGCGGAAUCUUAGGUGGAACUGCGAGCUGUCAAAUCAAGCGACUCUUUGCGUUACCUUUUCGCAUACAUUGGAUGCAACGGAACCACACCCGACUAUAAUCCGACAAAUCCCAUGCAGCCACGUUACAAGUUCAUGCAGCCACGUUACAAGUUCAUGCAGCCACGUUACAAGUUCAAGCAGCCACGUUACAAGUUCAUGCAGCCACGUUACAAGUUCAAACACUCGAAUUAGGCUGCUGGGCAUAAAUCCCCCCCAUCCAAAUACACAUGAAACCAUGCAUUAGCCUCACUUCAAUGGUUUGACAUUUGAGAGUCAUUAUUUCCACCAUGGAUAGAGCCGACACUUUCUAUCGCCGUAGGGAUACUAAAGAAGGGAGUGGUUUGUGACACAUAAGAGCAGCUGCUCACUAAUGUCAGCUAAUACCGCAGUUACACAUCCAACACCGCCAAAACAUCUGCUAUGCGGAUGUCGGCCAACGCUGAAAUCCGCAUAGAUUGAAUCCAGGCCUUAGUUUUAUCAGCUGUUGUACAAUAUGAUACAAAACACAGGAAAAACAGAAUGUUGACUGCAAUGGGCCUUUAAAACAUCAAUAUUUGCUGUUUACCACACAAAGGCAUUUUCAGCUUCUGUAUAAUAGUUAAAAAACGUUAGAAAAUAUUGAAUAUGGAUGGAAACAUUGUUUUUAUUUUCAAAGACCAGUUCAUUUCCCAACUCCUCUGAGCACUUUUGUAUCAUAUUGUACAACAGUUGAUGAAACUUACACUGAUUUAUUUUUUAAAUCACAUUUUUACAGAGUUAUUCCUAAUUUUAUUUAACUAGGCAAGUCAGUUAAGAACAAAACAAUCUUAUUUACAAUGAUGGCCUACCCCGGCCAAACCCUAACAACACUGGGCCCAUUGUGCGCCGCCCUAUGGGACUCCCAAUCACGGCCGUUUGUGAUACAGCCUGGAAUCAAACCAGGGUCUGUAGUGAUGCCCCUAGCACUGAGAUGCAGUGCCUUAGACUGCUGUGCCACUCAGGAGCUAAUAGCUGCUUGUUGAAAAUACAAUCUAGACAGGACUUUCUAAUCAGCAGGUUUGCAUGGGCGGGAGUUUCGGCUUUCCAUUGUGACAUCCCCAUGUGGUACAUUGGUUAAAAGACCAAUAGCGAAGUUCCAAACCUCUCUGCCAAUAACAGCUAGUUUUCAGUUUUCCCCUCCCCACGCAAACUACUCCCAUAGUCCUAGCUAAAAUCUUGCUUGAGAAUACAUUUUUUUCUAAAAAGCUCUGUUUUUGCCCAUUUCAAUGGAAUCUAUUACAGAAAGUUACUUAAUUGUUACCCAGAACUGAUUUGAGAUAAAAACAGCUGCAUUGGGAAUUUAAUCCAUUUGAUUAUUUUUUUAUCAAAUUAUAAAAAUCUUAAACAUAAGCACUUCCAACGCAAUUGCGCCCUCAUGCUUGUGUGUACUUUUACCUUUUGUCCAACAACCUUGGCCUUGGAGCAGUGGAUGAUAGUAGUUCCACAGAGCUCCAUGGAGAUGGUUUAUGCUUACACUACGACUCUGUGCCCUCCAGUGUUAAACUGAUGUAGCUCACAUGCAGUAUAUUAACGUCAACGCUGCAACAAUGUAUCCAAAUGUAUUCCUAAGGUUGAUAUUGAAUUCUAAAAGGGAAUUGAUCAUUGUAAAAAGAAAAAUGACAAAUGCAGUAACUAACCUUUCAAUAGAAGUAAGCAUAUAUGACUAGCUAUAGAAAAACAUAGCAAUUGCAACAGAAAAUAAAUAGGGUUGGAUGGAAUUUGU